AUUGCUUCAAUCCUGCCGUCUCCAAGGGCGUGGGCUAAAGGGGUCCGGGGCAGGCAGUUUCCCGGCGCCUUGGACCCUCCCAACGCGCGGGUAGGGGAAGUCGCGCAGCUCAGGCACAAAUCCUGGGCGUCCGGCGGUCUUCAGCUCGGGUCCUGGCCGCGUUGGGGGCGGGGGAGUGGGCAGCAGAGAGCGCAGGCGCAGUGUCCGCACCGCGGCGCCCCUCUCCACGCCCCGCCUGGCGGCCUCAGCGGCCCUGGCCACGUUUUUUCCUGGCGAAGCGCGCGGCGGACACAGCCGUCCUAGAGGCUGGACUAGGCGCGCUGUAGCGGGCAUCCGGGCCGGAGCGCCGCGCGCCCCUUCUUCGCAGUGAAACGAAGAAUUGCUUAUCUGAAGAAAUGGAUACCUCUCCCUCCAAAAAAUAUCCAGUUAAAAAACGGGUGAAAAUACAUCCCAACACUGUGAUGGUGAAAUAUACUUCUCAUUAUCCCCAGCCUGGGGAUGAUGGAUAUGAAGAAAUCAAUGAAGACUAUGGAAAUUUUAUGGAAGAAAAUCCAAAGAAAGGCCUACUGAGUGAAAUGAAAAGAAAAGGAAGAACUUUCUUUGGAACCAUGGAUACUCGACCUCCACCAACGGAAGACCCAAUGACGGAUGAUAUUGGACAAUUCCAGAGCUUUGCAGAAAAAAACAUUUUUCAAUCCAGAAAAAUGUGGAUAGUGCUGUUUGGAUCUGCUUUGGCUCAUGGAUGUGUAGCUCUUAUCACUAGGCUUGUCUCUGACCGUUCUAAAGUUCCAUCUCUAGAACUGAUUUUUAUCCGUUCUGUCUUGCAGGUCUUGUCUGUGUUAGUUGUGUGUUACUACCAGGAGGCGCCCUUUGGACCCAGUGGAUACAGAUUACGACUCUUCUUUUAUGGUGUAUGCAAUGUCAUUUCUAUCACCUGUGCUUAUACAUCAUUUUCAAUAGUUCCUCCCAGCAAUGGGACCACUAUGUGGAGAGCCACAACCACAGUCUUCAGUGCCAUUCUGGCUUUUUUACUUGUGGAUGAGAAAAUGGCUUAUGUUGACAUGGCUACUGUUGUUUGCAGCAUCUUAGGUGUUUGUCUUGUCAUGAUCCCCAACAUUGUUGAUGAAGACAAUUCUUUGUUAAAUGCCUGGAAAGAAGCCUUUGGGUAUACUAUGACUGUGAUGGCUGGACUGACCACUGCUCUUUCCAUGAUAGUAUACAGAUCCAUUAAGGAGAAGAUUAGCAUGUGGACUGCACUAUUUACCUUUGGUUGGACUGGGACAAUCUGGGGAAUAUCUACUAUGUUUGUUCUUCAAGAACCCAUCAUCCCAUUAGAUGGAGAAACCUGGAGUUAUCUCAUUGCCAUAUGUGUCUGUUCUACUGCAGCAUUCUUAGGAGUUUAUUAUGCCUUGGACAAAUUCCAUCCAGCUUUGGUCAGCACAGUGCAACACCUGGAGAUUGUAGUAGCUAUGGUCUUGCAGCUUCUAGUGUUACACAUAUUUCCUAGUGUCUAUGAUGUUUUUGGAGGGGUAAUCAUUAUGAUUAGUGUUUUUGUCCUUGCUGGUUAUAAACUUUAUUGGAGGAAUUUAAGAAGGCAGGAUUAUCAGGAAAUCCUAGACUCUCCCAUCAAGUGAAGACUUGAUUAUUAUUUUGUUAACAUUCACUUAUUCAUAGGUACACUGCCAUUUUAAUGUUUACCUAUAAAUGUUUUGUGUUGUAUAAGUGACAGAGUGCUAUAUAAUAUAUAAUUAAUAUAUGCAGAUGUAGAAAAUUCUAGUCUAAUAUAUUCAAAAACAAAUAUUAAUAAAUAUGUGAAACAUCA